AUGGGCAACCAACCAUGGCUCGACAGUCUCUCCGACGAUUGGGUUUCUCAACCCGGAACUCCCACCAGCCCAGUCCCUUCCCGAUCCAAGAGCAGUCACUCGCGUCGGUCCAGUCUUCAACAGAACUCGCCUAGUCGCAUUCCAGUCCCCGCCCGUCGCUCCGUCGAACCCUCGCCAUCCUCCCCGUUCGACAAGAAAAAAGUCUCUCGACCCUGUCACUUCGUCAAGAGAGAACCGCCGACUCCCAAGACUCCCCGAACCCCGAAGACACCCUCGAAGCUGCGCUCCCCCGUCCCCGACAAAUCCUCCAAGAAGAAACCCACCCCUCCCUCUGCGCGCAGGAAACAACCGGCCAUGGAUACCAGGUCGCCUUUGCGGUCGGUGUCCAAUGUGUCGAGCCAACCGGGAGAACAGAGUACCGUUCAGGUACGGCCCAAAAAGAACCGCGACAACGAAGGGACCCCCGAAUGGCGCAAGCGGCUGGUGCAGGGAGAGAUACCCCCCGGCGAGCAACGCGACCUUUUUGCGCCCAUCGGCUUGGAGAGUGUCUUCAAACCUCCCACGCCCGGAUCAGCCGAGCAGCAGAACAACGCGAUCCCCAAACUCAAACAAACAGAAGAUCUGUGGGCUUUUGAUGACACGAUCCAAUCGAAGUCGGAAACGCGCCCAACAUACGAUAACGACCACCCUGACGAUAAUGAUUCCUUCCUCUCACAACAAAACCCGCACACAACAAAGCAUCCGCACCAUAACAAUGAAAGCCCGGCCGCCUCCCCUCCAGAAUCACCAACGGGGACUCUGGCUAUAAAGAAGGGCGCAGAAAGAUCCCAGGGGCGCGACGCGGAUGACCGUGACCUGUCGCAGGAUGAUUCGCAAAUGAGGACGGCCAGUGGCUUGGAGGACCUCCGUAAUGAAGGGAUCACGCCGAUCACAUUUUCGCGAACCAACACUGUGGAUGGCAAUGCGACCUCAGAAGUUAUAAAGUCGGCUCUAAAGCAGGUGACGAGCAAAUUGGAGAAGCUUUCAUUGCCCGAGUGGGAGCGCCCAGAUUCAAGAGCGAGUGACAGCAUUCUGCUAAACCAACCGACCGACUAUGCUGUCGAUACCUUGGCCGACGACGACCUUUUCGACGUGACAAGCCACUCUCUACCGCAAGAUUUGUCUACAGGCACAUUGGACUAUCCACAAAACCUCAGCAGGGAGCAGUAUCUCAGUGAAGCUUCCCUUCGAAGGAGAAGGCUACACCCACCGUCAUUUCCUUCCCAACGCCUUUCUCCGUUCCUUCCCCCAAACUCUAGAAUCCGAAGCUCUCCUCCCUUCUACAAUCGCGCGAAUCCUACAACCGACCGGCCUUCGUUUCCCCGGCCUUCGCCGGCACAUGCUAGACCAUCGACCGCAGGCCAGGCGGAGGAAAUCAAGAGAAAAGCCAUGCCGUCCUCAGGGAGUCCCCUUAAACUGUUUGGAAAUCAUGACACAUUUACCAACAACCGUCUAAUGCGCCGCAUGAGCCAAUUUGAGGAGACAUUUGGAGGAGUGUCGGAAGACGAUGAACCUGUCUCCCCGUCCGAGGAAGCUAGGCGUAAAGGGGAGUCCCGAGGUCAUCUCAGUGCGAAGCAUGACAGACAUGACCGGCCGCGAUCCCGGAACACGGCCAAUCCUCGUCUUACUAGGUUUGGCGAUGGGCAACUUGAUAAUUUCGAUUUCUCCGACACGAGUCCGUAUGAACCGAAGCUCCUAAACCACGACGCUCAAGAUAGUGCGGUCCGUCCAUCGUCACGACGUCGCCGCUAUCUUCGUCGUACCUCCCAUCGAGAGUUUAGUGCAGAUUCUGCUUUGAGUAAAUCAGCUUCUUACUCAACAUCCCAGUCAACUUUUCAAUCAAGCACACGCCUCAGGCCUAGUGCAGGCAUGGCUUCUCAAAGCCUGGGUACAGGUCACUCCUCCAACAGUCCUGCAAAGGAAUCCACUCCAAAACGUCGCAGAACAGUCUUGCCAUCUGCGAGCUCCCAGGAAGGUGGUUUUGGAACUGCGGAGCCAUAUGGCCCUCAAAGCGACCAUUUAUCAUUAUUGCAGAAGAGCCUGAUGCAGCAGGGCUUGAAGUACGACGACAGGGAUCUCCUGCUCCCACCGGAAUCAACCCAACGACCAAGAACUCCAACCCCCAGCCAGAUAAGGUCUUCAACCAGGCAAAGAUCCUCGCCAACCCGUCAUUUACCACCACCAGAGCCUCAUGGUGACGGGGAAGAUUCUCUGCCGGACGCAAACGUCCCGAAGGUCCGAGUCACUGGUGUCAAUGAGGAGAUUCGCAAGGGCUCUAUUACUACACAAGAUUUUCUUAACGAGGCCACGAAGAUUAUGGACAUUAUCCGGUCCAAAGGGAGGAAUACUGGAGGCCUUCCGAACGUUGAAGAAACCGAGUCCGAAGCAGACGCAAAAAGCGAGAGCGAAGACUAUGAAGACGAGUCUACUCAGGAGGAAUUUUCCCGACCGCCAAGCCGCGAUGGAGUGGAUAUGCGAAAGUUGCGAGAGCCCAAAGAACCAAACCCACGCGUCUUGAGCCACCUGAAAAAGUUUCAAGAACAGGACGAUCUGGAACUCAGUGUCAAUCUCCCUGCGGAAGGGAUUCUAGCGGACCAUCGUAAGCGAAAGCUGGGUACCCAGUCGUUCGACGAUGACAAUGACUUCCUCAACACGCAUAUCUCGUCGAAGAGCUUCAGCACCCGUUCGAUCCCCACUGGAUCCUCCCACAGCUCCCAUGCGAAGGGCGUUUUGCCAUCAGGCCUGGUUUCCCAUUUGAUUCCUGAGCAGGUCAAUGGGUUUACCUACGAUCGGUACAAGAAGCAGUGGGUCAGAGAGAAGCCCAGACAAUCGCCUGAGAAGCCUAAAGGAGACGACAGUGAGGAUGAUCCAUUCCAGGAUAUUCCGGACCUCAGUGUCGACGAGCUCCAGGAGAUGAUGAGGAUCCAGGCCUCUCUUUCUGGAGAAGGGACUAGCGACGCCGGCUUCUCUGAUGAUGCUGCUCCGUCGAGCCCAAUCAACACUGGUCCUGGUCAAGAGCGCCCUCGACAGCAGACCAAAGACGGGGACCAAUCCGGUAUCUUUAGUUCUCUACAGUCCAAAGUGACGCGCUCUACCUCAAGUUUCCCAAACUCUGGAACUGGGGCAACAUCCAUAGACUCCACUGGAGGUAGGAGUCGAGAUGCUUCGAGCGAAGUCAGCCAUGAGAUUCACCUGCAAGAAGGACGGAUUUCGAAACCCCCAUCGCUCCAAAAGGAGCGCAAUAAGCAAGCUCGCGUCGUCACCAUCAGCUUUUCGUCACCACUUGUUUCACAAGUUGCAUAUAGCGACAACGAAAGCCCCGCUAAACUUCACAAGAUUGGAAACGGACAAGACGCCGAAACAGACGAAGGGGCGAACGGGAAAGAGUCUGGUCCUUCCCUGAACAACACGAGUGAACAACCGUUUCUCAAGCGCUCUAUGUCUAGAAUUGACGAGACAAGCGAAGAAGCAGCCGAAAACCUGAGUCUGGUUCGAAGAAAUCCCGAAAAUACCUGGUCUACGCCCGGCAAGGAAGGCCCAGAUGGGUCGCUCGCUUUCCUCCGGAAUGACCAAGACACAAGCUACAAUAGCUUCCAUCUCAGUCCUCUACCUGAUUUUACAGUUGACCAAAUCGACCAACCCUUACAGCUUGAGGUGAGCUACGUGGCCCAGCGCACCCAUCCAUCAUCCUUGCGUCAGGUACAUGGAACAUUCGCGCUGGCAACGGAGGAGCUCGUGAAGCAUAUUACUGAAGCGGAGCCAUUUGAGCCUUACUGGGAGCAUGUUCGACGGUUGGUCCUCCGCCGUAAAGGUCUUAUCACCCUCCAUAAGCUCUCCGAUUUCUGUCCUCGCCUGGAAUAUCUCGAUGUGUCGUUCAACGAAAUUGGUCAAUUGAGUGGAGCUCCAUCCACUCUGAGAACCUUGAAGAUACAGGACAACUUCCUUUCAAACCUGACAUCUUGGGGUCACCUGGUCAACUUGCAGUACUUGAACGUUUCGGGAAAUGAGCUAGAGAGUCUGGAUGGAUUCAGUGGCUUGAUCCACUUGAGAGAGCUCAACGCCCGUAACAACAAGAUCCGCGAUGUCGAUGGCGUUUUUGGAUUGGACGGACUUCUAAGUCUGAAAUUGGGAAACAACAACUUGACUGCGGUGGAUUUUGAGGGAGCAGAACUGACUCGUCUGCAAGAACUGGACUUAAGCCACAAUCAAUUAAUGUCGAUUCGGAGCAUCGAAUCACUUUCGGCUUUAACGACCCUCGAUCUCAGCUCCAAUCAUCUUAGCACUGUCGAUUUAGCUUCGCCACUCAGCAAUUUGCGGUCCCUGAAGCUCUCAAACAACCAGUUCUACAACUUGGAUGUCGGGGUCUUCCCAUCGUUGACAUUACUUUACGUGGACCAAAAUUAUCUGUCGACAGUAUCUGGGCUCAACCAGUGCCGCAACCUGGAGAUCCUCUCGGCUAGAGAGCAGACCAUGUCAGCUGAGAACAACAACGGUUUCUUUGACAUUGAUCUCGGAUUGGUGAAGGAUGUUCGGAAAGUGUAUCUGUCCUCGAACCGUCUGUCUCUGCAAAGUCUCUCGCCAUCAACCCCUCUUUUGAGCUUGCAGCUAUUGGACGCUGCAUCGUGUAACAUUCAAGCCCUGCCUGCCGAUUUCGCACUGAACUUCCCAAACGUCAAAGUUCUGAAUCUCAACUUUAACUCUCUCACGGGAAUCAACGAGCUGGUGGGCAUGAAUUGCCUCUCUCGCUUGACGGCCGCCGGAAAUUGCAUCUCCCGCAUGAGAAGGCUCUGCCAGGUUUUGAGUGUGAUCGGGCGGACAAACAAGAACAAAAUCUGCUCGCUCCACAAAGUCGAUGUCAGAGGAAACCCUCUUACUGUGAGGUUUUAUCCUCCUGCCGUCACAGGGAAUGGGAGAACAGGUGGUGCCAAGCAACUGUCAACGAGGACAGAGAAGCCCGCUGUGCAAGAGGGUAGCGGGCUGGAUAUUCCAUCUGCCCUCGCGGAAUUUCAACAUGAAGACCAUGACCUCAACCGGCCAAUCUUUGAGGGGGAGGAGCCUGAUGUAGAUGAUGAGCAUGAGACUGAGAUCAAUGAUCCCUACACUCUUCCCCCAGCGGACAUCCAGGCUGAUCUGAAGUAUCUCGCUCAUUUGGAUCGGCCGACUCGUCUGCGGCGGAGUAUCUUCGAACUUAUGCUCUAUGCCGGUACGGGAGGUUCUGUGAAGGUUCUUGAUGGACUGGAUUUACGGCCGGCGCUUGAGGAUGGUUCAGAUAUGGACCGUGCUUGGGUGAAACUCGAGAAACUUGGCGUUCUCAAGAGGAAGGCUAUCACUUCUUGA